AUGAACUCGCCAUUCACAUUGAGGACAGAUGUCUACCAGCCCAUUUCUCCCGAGACACUUGCCGGGUCGGUAAAAGGGAAAAACGCACUUGUCACUGGUUCCGGCAGAGGUAUUGGGCGUGAGAUUGCGCUUGCGCUAGCUCAAGCUGGCGCGAAUGUCGGAAUUACUGCUCGUACCGCAAGCGAAGUAGAAGCAACAGUUGUGGAUGUCCAGGGCGUGACUGUGGGUGCGGGGAAGGUCAUUGGGAUAACAGCCGACGUUCUCAAACGGGAUGAUCAACAACGCCUCAUUCGGGAAUUCCAUGAAAAGCUAGGCCCGAUUCACAUAUUGAUCUUGAAUGCGGGGAACAAUGUGUUCCAGCCAUUUCACCUAACCGAGGCUGAUGGCUGGUGGGAUGUCAUGGAGCUGAACGUGCGCGCCCCCGUCGAACUCACUCGUCUGGUACUUCCCGAGAUGAUGGAACGGAAUGAGGGAUCUAUUGUUUUCACCUCUUCUCGAGCGGCAAAGGCCGAUCUACCAUUCACAACAAGCUACAACUGUGCGAAGACAUCUAUUACACGAUUCGCGGGGACAUUGCAGGCUGAGAUGGAACAAAUCCAACCUAAACAACACAACGCCGAUAACGGAAUUGAACUCUUUAGCAUCCAUCCUGGCGAAAUUGAGACUCAGCUUCAUCAGUCGGCAAUCCCGGAGAAGACCCGGAAGACCCGACCACACUAUGCACCCCGCUUACCAGCCUGGACUGUCGUGUGGCUUUGUACCGGAAGAGCCGCGGGUCUAAGGGGUCAAUAUGUUGACUGUACAAGAGAUGUUGAGGAGCAGAUGAAAUCCCACCAAAGCAAUAUCAAAUAG